AUGUCUCCACCCCUCGCAGACCUGUAUGAACAAGCCACCCAAAUCAACUACGUCCGCUACACGCGGUUGGUGUACAAUCUCGGCCGGUGGACUUUGCCAUGGCUUCUCCAGACUAUCAACAUUGCCACCGCUCUCAAUGGGAUCUUGGUUAGGGUGCUCCUGGGCGCUAACAGCCUCAACCUGCUCGUGUCCGCCCAUAGCUGGGCCGACGUCCAGCAACGCGCGGAGAAGCUCGCCGUUCUGAACCUAUUGCCGCUCGAUACGGGCCUGACAUUUGGCCUCCCGGCUCAUCUGCGCGGAAUCCGCCGCUCUGCCGUUGUGUGGUCGCAUCGCUGGUUUGGGCGGGUGAUGGCCGCCCAUUCCCUGCUUCAUGGAGCCAUUUCCAUCGCCAAAGCGGCCUCUCUCAGGUAUGACUGGGUUUCCUUACUGGGCAGCCCACCACGUCACCCCUCGACGAUGAUGACUGUGACCCAAUGGCGAUAG